AUUUACUUAAUUUUUUCUAUUUCAAUAUUAAUCAUUAUUAUCUCAAAUAUUUUUAUAAUAUUAUCGAUUAUUCUCUCUAAAAAAUCUUUUAGAGACCGAGAAAAAUGUUCACCAUUUGAAUGCGGAUUUGACCCUAAAUCUUCUGCUCGAAUUCCAUUCUCUUUACAUUUCUUUUUAAUUACUGUAAUUUUUCUAAUUUUUGAUGUAGAAAUUGCCCUAAUUUUACCUAUUAUCCCUUUAUUUAAACUAGUUAAUUUUCUUAUUUGAUUUAAAAUUAGUUUCUUUUUCUUCUUAAUCCUCUUAUUAGGUCUUUAUCAUGAAUGAAAUCAAAAUAUACUUAAUUGAACAAAUUAA